CUCCAUGCUCUCCCUUCUUUCCCUUCACUCAGUUUUGCCUUCCUUCUCGUUCCAACCUCACCACCAGCUCCCACUCAAACUUCAGAUGAACCACUGCGUGAUACAGGAGACAAGCAGCGCUCUUUCGGUUUGCGAAGAGAUGAGGACGGCCCGAGACUCCGUCGUUUGCCCCCAACCGCGCCGUUUCGGACUCCGAAACGCCACCUUUCACGAUCCCGUCAGAUCUCUCCGUUGGCAUCUCGGCCAUCAAGGAGAGCUCUGUGAUUCAAAGGCUGCCUCUGAUGCUUUGGACAGUAUCUUAACAAAGGGGGUUGAACCGUUUUCGUUUACAGAAAUAGGCUCGCCGCACCCAUUUUUCAACGGGUCGCCGCCGGGUAGAGUAGCUAACCCAUUGAUUCGGGAUGAUAGAUUUGGGAGUGAGACACUGACCCCAGUGUCGCCACUUUCACCGGUGUCGUCAUCGUCUCCAUCAUCUUCUACAAGGAGUGGAGGAGGCUUUGUUCGUGCCAUUUUUGGGAGCAAGCCGACAGUGAGGGUCGAGGGCUUUGAUUGCCUGGACAGGGAUAGCCGAAAUUGCCGCAUUCCUUCCCUGGCUUGAGAGGUACAUAGGAUAAGAUUAAGGUUUAGAGUGUGUGCUAAAAUCGAUCAGAAAAGAAAAAUUGAGAAGAAUAUUGGAAAUUCUCAGUGGGGGAAUGAAGUUGAUCCUUCUGCCGUUUGUGUAGAUAUGUGUCGAGGGAUUACUGUAAAUGUGAUGCGUCGUGUAAGUAAAUGAGUUUGUAGGCAAAUAAUUUGAGAGGUCAUGUCUAGAAGAGAGGGGGAAUUGGUUCGGAAAAAGUUUAUGUACCACCACCCUCUUGUACCUCUUGUACAGAACUAGUCUAUGCUUGGAAAAUUUUCAAUUUGUUUCCAUUUAGGUGUUUUGGUUUUGAUGAGCAGCUUAAGAAGGAAAUCUGUACAAAUUGACGUUGCUGUUGAGUCGAUGUAAACAGUCAUUCACAAUGUAUAUAUUCCAUAUAUUUACAUUUGUCUUUCAA